AUGGAUCCAUCUUUCGACCUCCCCGAUUCCACCGAUUGGUUGGCAACGCCACUUUCGCUACUUGCGCCGUUCGAAUCCUCACUGCGAUGUCAAGUCUGCAAAGAUUUCUUUGACAACCCCGUCAUUACUUCCUGCAGUCAUACAUUUUGCUCAUUGUGUAUUCGCCGUUGUCUGAGCGCUGAAGGCAAAUGUCCAGCAUGUCGGAGCUCUGACCAGGAGCUGAAAUUGCGGCGCAAUUGGGCAGUGCAGGAACUUGUCGACGCGUUUAUGACUGCACGGCCGAGUGUGUUAGAUCUUGCAAGAAAGGAGACUGUGCGAUUAUCUCAGGGAGAGGCCGAUACAGGGAAGCCGGCCCAGAAAAAGCGGAAGGUCGAUCAUUUCGACAGCGAGGAAGCGCAGGUUCCAGGGACAAGCUCGCAAGGCCGACGGACUCGUUCUCAGGGAUUGAAUAGCUCGGCAGAACAGCGUGCCGCUCCUCAGGUUAUGCCUGAAAUCGUUGAAGAUAGUCACGACGACGAAGAAUAUGUGCCCGAUGGUUUAGUCUCUUGCCCGAUAUGCUAUCGGAAGAUGAAGGAAGAAGCAGUUUUUCCACAUUUAAGUGUGCACGAACGGGAAGAAGAACCCGCAUUUCAAACUCCUACGAAGCCGACAUCUUUCGGAUCAUUACAAGUCCCAUCCCAAAGAGGCUUCACCGUGACCAAUAAACAGCCCGAGCGCCUCCCUGCCAUAAACUACUCCAUAUUAAAGGACAUGUCAUUGCGGAAAAAGCUCCGAGAUCUCGGGAUUCCGGACUGGGGGCCGAGGCAGCUGUUGCAGAGACGUCACACUGAGUGGAUGAAUCUGUGGAAUGCUAACUGUGACUCCAAGAAUCCCAAGUCUAAGCGGAUAUUGCUUCAGGAACUGGAUAUUUGGGAACGCACACAGGGAGGGCAUGCAGCAAUGCCGUCGGCGUUCGGCUCAUCCAACAAUGUGAUGCGUAAGGAUUUUAAUGCAAACGAGUGGUCAACCAGCCAUGAUGAUGAUUUCAGGCGUCUGAUCGCGAAUGCGCGUCAAAAGAGCGAGACUGAAGUGCGAUCUACCAUCCCUGGAGCAUCUGUAUCUUCAUCUGAACCAGCAGAACCACAAGCACCGCAGCCUGCACAACAGCGACCUGCACAACAGCAGCCCGCGCACCAGCAGCCCGCGCACCAGCAGCCCGCGCACCAGCAGCCCGCGCACCAGCAGCCCGCGCAACAGCAGUCUGCACGACAGCAGCUUGCACAACAGCAGCUUGCACAACAUUAUGCACACCAGCAGUACGCACAACAGCAGUACGCACAACAGCAGCCCGCACAGCAGCACCCCGCACAGCAGCAGCCCGCGCAACAGCAGCCCGCGCAACAGCAGCCCGCGCAACAGCAGCCCGCGCAACAGCAGCCCGCGCACCAGCAGUAUGCACAACAGGAGCCCGCACACCAGCAGUCUGCACAACAGCGACCUGCACAACAGCAGCCCGCACACCAGCAGCCCGCACACCAGCAGCCCGCGCAACAGCAGCCUGCACAAUUGCCAGUAAAUGGCGCACACGUUCAACUUCAGCCAGGUAUUGAUGCCAACCAUGUUAUCGAUCUGUCGUGA